CGCCGUUUGUGUGGAGUUCCUGUGGCUGAGGUUCAUGAUCGCCGCAUUCAUGAUCGCCGCGAACACUUGUACACUGUCACUUAAAACUUGUCACCCCAGGUAAAGCAGUUGUGUGACUUUAGAUGAUAAGGUGGUCAUUAGUGGACACGACUUAUGGCCUUUGAAAUGACGGAAAAUAAGCGUGUUUUUUUACGGGGUACUUUCGAACCUUACAAUGUGGUCAUGUGUAAAUCUCAUGAUGUGAAACGUGACACGAUGCAACUGAGGAGCGUGACGUGUCUGCCGUGAAUAAAGUGAAGUCAGGCCAAAACGAAGUACCUGAGAUCUGAAAUGAGUAAAGCUCAACUUCCCUGCUUUGGCGUGGAUAUCGGAGGAAGCUUGGUCAAAUUAGUGUACUUUGAGCCCUGCAAUUCACAAAUAAACUGUAAUGGACAAGACAAAGUUGGCUUGGAGGCAAUACAAGAUUUUAUCAAGUCAAAUGUAAAUUAUGGAGAAACAGGAGCUAGAGAUGAAAGGUUGGCAAUGGAAAAUGUGGUUUUGGGAGGAAGAAGAGGACAUUUGCAUUUCAUUAGAUUUUCAACUGAUGUGGUGGGAAAAUUUCUUUUACUUGCUGAAGAAUUAAAUGCAUCAGUCCUGAAUGACAAGGUGUGUGCAACAGGUGGAGGAGCAUUCAAAUUUGAAAAGGAUUUUAAAGAGAUCCUGGGUGUACAACUUGUGAAGUAUGACGAACUUGAGUGUCUCAUUCAUGGCAUACACUUUAUCAACUCUUCCUGCCUAAAUGAAUGCUAUUACUGGAACAACCUGCACUGUUUAGAGAAGUCUGAAACAGUACCAUAUAACUUUGACUUGAAUCCUUAUCCCUAUCUUGUGGUAAACAUUGGUUCUGGAGUCAGUAUUUUGUCAGUAGAGUCUGCAGAAAAGUUUUCAAGGAUAAGUGGUACCAGUCUUGGAGGUGGAACAUUUCUUGGCCUUUGUUACUUGUUAACUGGCUGCUCGUCAUUUGAUGAAGCUCUUUCCAUGGCAGAGGAGGGUGACAGCACAAAAGUUGAUAAAUUGGUUCGAGAUAUCUAUGGUGGGGAUUAUUCUAAGUUUGGUUUACCAGGAGAUACAGUUGCAAGCAGUUUUGGGAAGAUGUGCUGUGAACAGAACAGAUCUGCAGUCAGCAAAAAUGAUUUAGCAAGAGCCAUGCUUGUCACCAUAACUAACAACAUUGGUUCAAUUGCAAGAAUGUGUGCUGUCAAUCAUAAGGUAGAAUGUGUGGUAUUUGUGGGCAACUUCCUUCGCUGUAACACAAUAGCCAUGAAGCUGCUUGCUUAUGCAAUGGAUUAUUGGUCCAAAGGAAUGAUGAAAGCUCUAUUUCUAGUGCAUGAGGGUUAUUUUGGAGCUGUUGGUGCUUUGCUUGAACUGAAGACAAGAAUGAAAGACAACAAAGAUAGCCAAGUGACUAAUUGAAUUGAUCUUGAUAGUAUAAAUUUUAGUAACAUUCAUCAUUCAUCCACUGACUUAUUUUAUGUAUUAAGCAUAAUACAAGGGAUAAUUAUUAAGAAGAAAAGUAAAUUAUAAUUUUAUUUAAUAAUUUCUUGAAAAGAGUUUUUCUAUAAUAAUUAAAGUUUGGUUGAUAAAGAAAAAACAGGAUUAGAGGAUGUGGAUUAAAAAUUGAUCAUCAUGGUACUGAAAAGUAAGGUUUCUAGAAUUUUCCUCAAAGGACCUCAAUUGGUAAUUUUCAACUUUGUAGAGGACUUUUUCACAUGUAGUGACCACUCUCCGUGGCUUAUUUACUCAAAGCUGGUGUAUUAGAGUUCUUAUUUAAGUGAAGUACAGUUCUAUUGUCAAGCAAGAAAAUACAUUCUUUUAUGCGUAAAGUGGGAUCCAAAAUGAGAAUGUUGUAAUUAUAUCUUUAAGUUUACACUUGUGACACAAAUAUUAUAUUUUUCUAGUCUGAUUAUUUAUGGUGCACUAUAUGAAAAUUGGGACAAUGCUGUAACUGCAUUAAAAAUUGAUAUAAAACACCUUGUGAGGUAAUUCAGUCACA